AUGCGCCACACCCUCGUCCUGGGUGGCCUCGCCGGCCUCACCCUCUCCUCGGCCGUCACAGUCCCUGAUUCAGGGGUGAGCGGCCGUGAUUCGACUCAACAUCCAUCCCCCCGUGAGCGUGCGUCUUUCGACUGGUCGUCCAUCACCCCGUCCAGCAACCUCAGCUACCACGCCUGCUACCCCGGCUUCCAAUGCGCCCGCCUUGUCCUACCACUGGAUUGGAUUGACCGAUCGGACCCUCGCACCGUCGCCCUGGCCAUCAUCAAGCUCCCUGCGGACGUACCGCCCGACCACGACACCUACGGUGGUCCCAUCUUCACCAACCCCGGCGGGCCUGGCGGCUCCGGUGUCAGCUUUAUCCAAUCCUUCGGCAGGCGCCUGCAAAGCAUCGUGACGAUUCCCGGCAAGAAGCACUACGACAUCAUCUCGUUUGAUCCCCGCGGCAUGGCCAACAGCUGGCCACGCGCCGACUGCCUCCCUGGCGACGCCCUCGCCCGUGAUGCUAUGCUGCUGCAGGUGCGUGGCAGCGGCGCUCUCAGCUCGGAAGGCGCCGCUGUGCCCUUUCAGCUGGGCUUACAAGACGCCUUCGGUGCUCGUUGCAAACACGCGGAGGAUGGGGGGCUGAAUGGCGGCCAGAUCAUGGCGUACAUGGGUACCCCAAGCGUGGCACGCGACAUGGUGGAGAUGGUGGACAAGGUUGACGAGCUGCACAAGCGUGAGGUCGAGCAGCGCGCCACGAGCGAUGAGCAUCGCCUCGAGCUCAAGAAGCGACAUGGCGCUGAUGACGUCCCUCGCCUGCAGUACAUUGGCUUCUCCUACGGCACGCUUCUCGGCAACUACUUUGCCUCCCUCUACCCCGGACGUAUUGGCCGCCUCGUCCUUGAUGGCGUGUGCGAUGCCGAUGACUAUGCCAGGGGCGACGGAUGGCUCACGAGCACGGUCGAUGCCGACAAGCUCGUCGAGUCCUUUUUCAGAGGCUGCCAUGAGGCUGGCCCUUCUGUCUGCGCCCUCGCCCGUCCCGACGAUUCGUCCUGGAGAUCCAUCCGCAAACGCUUCGAGGAACUUGAGGGCAAGCUUGAUAACCAGCCGCUCGUCGUGCCCUUGUCCGCUGGCCGGAGCAUGGCGGUUAUCACCUCGCACGACCUCCGGCUCGUCAUAUCCAACGUCAUCUACAAGCCGAUCCAGCAGUUCCGAUCUUUCGCUUCCGCGCUCAACGGGCUCAUGACGGGGAAUACGACUAGCUUUGCCGCCUUGGCAGCCGGCAUAUCCUCCAUUCCUCGUCUCCGCGAUGCCUGCGCUUUCAACGACACGGACCCCUCGUCGCCCCAGGCCCUCGCCAUCGAUCGCCCCGAGGGUAGCUCCUCGGUCCUCUGCGCCGACGGCGACAAUGUCACGUCCCAUGACGCGGACUGGUGGCGCGGCUACGUCAAGAAGCAGGUCGAGAAGUCUAAAAUCAUGGGCGCCUACUGGUCCACGAUCCGCUUCUCGUGCUCUGCCUGGCCCUUCGACACAAACUUCCCCUGGAAGGGACCCUUCGGGUCACCCAAACCGACGCCCGCCGGCCAGCCCGUCAAAGGGAAGCCCGCGGCCCCCAUCCUCUUCCUCUCGAACCGCCUCGACCCCGUCACGCCCCUCGAGUCUGCCCGCAGGAUGGCGAAAGCCCACUCAGGCUCCCGCAUCGUCGUCCAGGACGCCCUCGGUCACUGCGCCCUCGCCACCGCCGACAGCCCCUGCACCAAGGGCAUCGUCUCCCGCUAUCUCGACACCGGUGAGGUGCCUUCGGACCGGGAGACCAAGUGCGAAGACGCCGCCUGCGGGCCGUGGGACAAGGGGUGCGAGCUCGACGGCCUCUCUCGGGCGCUUGGCGCCUUUGGCCUCGACGAUGAUCGCCGGCGUUACCCCUUGGGCAUUUGA